GUUGGAGGGUGUCAGUUGUCGCUCAGCUAAAUCGGUAAGCAGAAAUCGGAUUACGGAGAAAAUGCAGUUAACCGGUGUCUCGGUAUUAUUGUUAUGGAUCGGUGUACUGUGCCUGGUUCCUAAUAGUGUCUCCGAUUUAUUCCCAUCGCCCCUGAAACGGUGCAAGGUGGAGGAUGAGUCGUGCCACGUGACGCAGGCGCAGACCUUUUUGGAUGCCUUUAAGAAGGGCAUUUCAGGACGGCAGGUGCCCGGUCUGGAGCCCAUUUAUCUGGGAACAUUGCGCGUCGAGAGUGGGGGCCACUCGGAGUCCCUGCAGUUUAAGUUGGUCAUGAGCGAUGCCAAGCUCUACAACCUGGCUAAUUCCGCGGUGGUAAAGAGCAUGAAAGGCUUCUCCAAGGACCUUACAAAGCCGCUCAAGCUAACGAUGGUCAUGGAUGCACCGGAGCUGGUGGUGCGGGCGAAGUACGAUGUUAACGGCAAACUCCUCAUCCUGCCCAUUGUUAGCAAGGGCGAUUUAACCAUUCGGCUAAACGAGGUCCAGACCAAGUCGAGGGUUAUGGUGGAGCCCGUAAGGCGGUCCGACGGCCAUACAUAUCUUAACAUCACCGAUUACAAGACGAUCACCAAGAUCAAGGGUGGCCACUUUGACAUGACGAACCUGUUCAACGACAACGUGGAGCUUCGGGAGAGCACCUUGAAAGUUCUAAACCAGGAGUGGAAUACCCUGGCUCUCGAUGUCCAACCGAAACUCAACGAGGCCUGUUCCAAGGCCUUUAGAUCCAUAUUGCAAAAUUUGUGGAAAAAUAUACCUUAUGACGAGUUCUUUGAGAUGGAAUAAGCAAUAAGCACAAAUAUAUCCAAGAUAAUAGUAUACUA